UCGGGCUCGGUAUGUCAACAGCAAGCCAUGGCGGCAAGUUUGUUAGAAGAGAAUUUGCGGUCCCUAAACGAAUGUUUGACGACUGCAGACAACUCAUCAAAAGAGCAAGCAGAUAGUAUUGUUGCAGAUAUUAGUCAAAUAUGUAUCAACGAGUCGACAGACAAGGAUAUAGAUUUAUGUUGUUCUGUUUUGUUCGACAAAAGAAAAGGGUUGGUCUCAUUUCUAUCUGAGACAGUUACGAAGGAAGAGUUUCAGACAUGCAAGCAGAAAAUUCUAGAAUUUUUGUCAGAAUUUGUACAAAGGAUUGGGAAAAAAAUUAUUCCAUAUGUUUUUGACAUAAAGGAUGUGUGUGUGUCUUUAUUUUUUCGAGAGAGGCUGGCCAAAAUAAAGAAUUUAUCCAUUCCAGUCUUGGCAAAAGUCUUAGAGUUGUCGGUUGGAUCUGUGAAUGUCCAGGACCUGGGAAUUGAUAAGAUGAUCAACAAGUUCUUCAUGGAGCUCACAAAGAGUGUGUCCAAACUCCCAGCAUCAGUAAAGGAAAGCAUAUAUGUGAUUUUGGGACUUCUCGUUGAAAUCUACCCUGAACACAUGACUCAGUAUGCAGGCAAAUUGGUGGACAUUUAUCUGCGAGCUCUAAAAGCAGAGAUGACCAGUAAAACCAAGAAACCAGAGCUGUCGGUGAUAAGUGGGUGUCUGGAAGGACUGGCCAGCUGUCUCGUCAAUUUCACAGAGGAUGAGGACUCCCAAAACAGUUAUGAGACUUUCAAGUUUGCUCGAAUGGCUAUUGAUCCUGAUAUCAACUACACCCGCUAUGAUGUCCCCCGAGCAGGACUCAAGCUGUUCUCGAGACACUCUGCUCAGUUCAAAUCCCAGCUAGCAGAUGACUAUCAGGGCAUGUAUCAAAAGUUAAAAAGUUGGAGUAAGCAUAACAACAGAGAAUUGCUUCAUCUGGGAACAGCGGCCAUGGAGGCUUUUUUAACGCAGAUAUCAGAAGUGCUGGUUACAAAAGCAAGAGAAGGGAAGAAGGAAGCAGCCAUGUUCAAAUUUUUCGUCACAAGAUUCAAAGAAAUAAUGGAGGACAGUUCAGCAAGUGCCAAAGAAAUGUCACUAGCCAUUAGAGGAUAUGGCUUGCUGGCAGCACCAUGUAGGGAGUUUCUUCAGCAAAAAGAUGUCCAGUUCAUGUUCAGUGAGAUGAUCACCAAAAGUGAACAGCUAUAUUUGAGCUCAGAUAAAGAAGAUAUUGAGGACAAGUUGUACAGUCUACCAAGCUACCUUGAGGCAUUGGGCAAUAUUAUCAGGCAGCUAGACCAUGUACCAGAAACAUACGCAACUUCCAUUGAACGUUUGAUGAUUAUCUUGGCAGAAAACUUUCCCACAAUUCACCAAAAGCAGCAUUUCUUUUCUGUGAAGUCCCUCCUUUGGGUGUUGAUAACACUUAUGCCAAAAGGAGAAGUGUUCUCUCAAGUUCUGUCUGGCUUUGUGUUCCAAAUGCUGAUUCGGACCUGCUCUCAUCCUCCAUUGAUUGAGACGGAAGACAUGACAGAGAGCAAUCAGAGUGAGCAGACGGGCACCAAGGUCACCUUCAAGGAUUUCAUUGAAUUGUGGGACACCCUCUUCAACAGUCCCAGGAUCAAGGAAUUUAGCGUGGCUGACAUCAGUGUAGAAGUAAGGCUUUCACUGACAGAGGCGGUGUAUGACGAGCUUAUCAACUCGGUGCUGAGAAUGCUGGGUAAACUCGAUCUGACGUCUCAAUCCAGCACUGAAGUUGCACAGCAGCAAGAGGGUCCAACAAGUUCUAGUGAGUCUGAAGAUGUCUCGAGUGACCCUCUUCAUGGCAUGCAGCCUAACAAGCCUAAAGACUUUCAGAUCUUUAUCAACCUUGUUGACUUUUGCAGAGAGAUGUUACCUGAGAAACACUACAAGAUGUUUGGGAAAUGGCUAUUCCUGUUCUCCCACACCCUGAUUCUUCAGUCAACAGAAAAGCCCUUGGUCAGUGGGUACUACAAGUUGCUGGCCGUCAGUAUGAAGAUUGCCAACAAACUGAACUAUUUCCAGGGAAUGGUCAGUCUUUCCCCGGUGAAGAAAGAAGUGAAAAUGGAGGUGGAUUCAGAUCAGAAAGCAGACAUCCAUCAGAGAGCUACCUGCUUCCAGCUGAUCCAAAAAUUCACUAAAGAGGUCCUUGUGAGAAUGAAACAAUACAAAGACGACCUUUUGGCAGCAUGCCUGACCUUCAUCUUGACCCUUCCUAAAGAAAUCGUCUCGGAGCAGAUGUCCAGUGUGGUGCCAGCAAUACAGCUGACUUUGUCCAUUGGUUUGGGUUACCUCCCUUUAGCUAUGAUUGCCCUGGACGCCUUGGAUUAUUGGUCGGAUACACUGCCCGCCUCAGUCAUCCGUCCUUUCUAUCCACAGAUACUACCCUGUCUGGACAGCUACCUCAAAACUAUGGACCAGGGAGCGGAUGAUGUUAGUGAAAACACCAUGGAAAUGAAUAAGAGUAAGAGUGGGAAAGGAAGGAAAAAACUACCAGUUCGAAUUCUCAAGGGCCCCAAGACAGAUUCCAAACAGGUAUUCGAGACACAGCUGGCAAAGGUAAAACAAAGGGUGAUGACCUACUUAGGAAGACUUGGAGGAGAAGUGAACCACGCCCUACUGGCUGGAAGUGAUGUCUGUGAAGAAGCCAUCGCAUGGGAUGCUGAACAGCACCUCCGAUUUGAUGUGCCAUUUAUGGACAUGAAGCCUCAGAUAUAUUUUGACCCCUUUUUGCCUCGCAUUGUGGAGCUAGCCACAAAAUCUGGAGAUAGGCAGACAAAGGUGGCGGCCUGUGAACUCCUUCACUCCCUCAUUCUCCUCUGUGUGGGGCGAAGUGCCACCCAGCCUGGUAGAGAACGCUACUCAAUGGCCCCGCUCUACAAGAAAAUGUUUCCCAGCAUUCUCCAACUGGCUUGUGAUGUAGAUUUGGUAACAAAACAGUUAUUUGAGCCCUUACUGAUGCAGUUAAUUCACUGGUUCACAAAAAACAACAAGGCAGAGAGUGAGGAAUCCAUGGCCCUACUGGACGCAAUCUAUGAUGGAAUCAUACAACCCAAUGACACGGCACUGAGGGACUUCUGUGCCGUCUGUCUGAGAGAGUUCUUGAAGUGGUCAAUCAAGCAAACAAAAAAUGUAGAGAAGAGUCCAAUAAAUGCUAAAUCGCUGCUGAAGAGAUUGUACAGCUAUGCGCUUCACCCAGGGGCAUUCAAAAGACUGGGGGCAGCCCUAGCAUUUAACAAUAUCUACACAGUCUUCAGAGAGGACAAUGCGAUGGUGAAUUUGUACACAUUCCAGAUUCUUGUGCACUUUGUUGAGAGUCUGGCCAUUGCUCACGAGGAUGAGUCAUCGAUGGGUACUCAGACCCAAUGUAAGAUGGUGCUGGACCACAUGGAGAGAAUCAUCAAAGUGAAGGCCAAUGUUCUCAGCAAAGAAGACAAAAAUAGAACUGAACCAAAACAGUGGAGUGUUGUCAAGUUGGACAUUGCUGUGCGCUGGUUGAUGAGACAGUGUGGUCGGCCCCAGACAGACUGUAGACACGCCUGUAUGAAGUUAGUCCAUCAGCUGGCCCCCUGCAUCACAGGGAUAAAGUCAACCAAGGACUAUUUUCAGACGUUUUAUAAGAGCGAAAAGGCAUCCUAUUUUAUCAUCAGAUUUGAGGGGAAACAACAGAAGUACGGCCUGCUGUCUUGCCCUGAGAUGACUGCUGUGGAUUCUUCGUUCUCCGUCCAGAAUGCAGUUUCCUGGUUUGAUCACUAUUUGGCAGCCCUGGACUGCUACAUCUGGACCUUUGGAGAGAGUUUGUUGAAUCCGGAUGACAUUUUCUUAGGAGAGGGAAGAAAGCAGAGUAAGUUGUUACAGGCCAUGCAGCAUUUCCUCAGCCUGGUGGUGAUGGAGGACAUGGAUGAAGUAGGGAAGAUGUUCCGACACGAGCCCCUGACAGAUGUGUACACACCCAAAGAACGGGAUGAAUACAACAGAACAAAGUGCACUGCAGUUGUGAGAACACUGAAUUUUUUCUGUGUCCUAGUGGCUAGGAGCCCAUCCAGUGUUAAGAAGUUGCUGCCCUCAGAAAUUCUGGGCAAGGAUCUGUGGAACUUGAUCAGUAUGUGUGUGCUACAACCCUCAGCUGUUGGUUUCAACCUAGGGGACGUAGAAAUCAUCAAAAACCUACCCACAGAGAUGGAACAGUUGCUGAAAGUGUUGAAUGCAAAGCUCCAACCAGAUGUGCUAGCUGCAAUGUGUAAGGAGUUUGGGAGACUCUUACAAGGAGAUAGAGACUUGUCUGGGUUGCUGAACAGGCCCCUGGACGACCCCUCUACAGACCAUGUGUUCCUACAACAGCUAGUGUCAGGCUACCAGCUUCUCCACAAUGUGGGGCUACUCAGCAAGGUCUCCAUGGCAACGACGCUGCCCGAUCUGGCCAACAAGCUCUUGGAAUAUGUCCACAGUAGCUUAAUUUGUGUGGAGGGAGGGACUAAAAAAGCCCAGACCCUGUUCCCGACAGCUCAGGUCACGGCUACCAGAAUGCUGGAGUUGUCCUUCUGCCUUGGUGUCCAGAUUAAGAAAGUUGUCAUGUGUAUUUUGGAUGAAUCCAUGGUUGAAGGCACAGCCAAGGGCUACUCACAAAGUCAUGGAGAACUCGUGUUCACAGCCUUCAAGACCACAGUAUCUGUACAUCUGGCCAAGGCCAUGGCACAGGCAGUUCCUGUGCUGUGUGAGCAUGCUCAGAAGCAGUGUUACCGAGUGAUGAGCAUCCUGGUUACCAUGGUAGACACUGUCUCUAAGGACAAAAACCUCAGAAAACAGAUCAGUGCCAAUGUUGUGACUUCUGUAGUGGAGAAAUGGAAAUCCAUUUCCUCCUGGUGCCUAGCAACCCCUGAACUCCACAGCAUGGCCAUGUUGCUCCUUACUAAACUGGUUCUCCUGGACAGUAAGGUGGUGACAGACAGCAGUAGUGGUCAUUUCCCAGAAGUUUUUGAAACAUAUCUCUCUAUGCUGACUGAAAAAAAGACAACAUUAUCCGUAAAGUGCAAGAUUUUGGAACUUCUGCCAUUCUUUGCCACGCUACCAGAACCUCAUUUGAAAAAAUUAAAGAGAAGCUUGGAUAGACUUGUGGCAGACCAUUUCCCCAUCAAGAGCACUGAUCUGCCUGAAUCCAGUCCUCAUUUCAAAGACUACAUUGCUGCUAUAGAUCGGUUACUGACCAGCCUGGAGCUCUCUGGAAGUGAGAUGUUGUUAGAGCUUCUGAUCAGCAUCUUCUGUCGUGAACCCAAACACGUGUAUGAGACAAAGAUAUUGGAGUCCAUCAACAGGUUUACCAGAAGGGUACCAACUGCUAAGCAGAAGUCGAUGGUGGAUGUUGCAUAUAACAUUUUCUGCCAGGAGAAGCUCUACCCUGGGGAGGUCAGAAGAACCACCAUAGAGAAGGUGGCCCUGCCCAUCCUCCGACUGGUCCACAAGUCCGCCCUGCUCGAGUUCUCCAAUGACCACAUGGGUGACCUCAGAAGCACGGUGGAAGCAAAGCUAGUCAAGGGAUCUGGGCUGGAGAACCAGCUAACCUCUAAGCUUUGUUGUUUCCAACUCCUUGAAUUGAUGUAUGGGCGUCUUAGUAAGGAGGAGGUGUUUGGUAAAAGCUCAGUGAUCAACAAGAAGUUCUGUGAGGUGAAAUCUGUGAAUGUGGAUACAGGCAAGGAAAUGACUCAAGUCAUCAUGAGAACGGCCCAUGAGGCUAAGGGUGAGGAUGUGCGGGGGGAGGCGAGUUGUGUGGAGUUGAGGAGACAGUACCACUGUGCCGCCUACAAUCUGCUAAUAGCUGUCCUCUCCAGCACUCAGACCGAUGCCAAGUUCUACACAGCCUUCUUGUUCAAAGAAGAUGAAGCCAAAGGACAGUUUGUGUUUGACAACUUGCUGGAUAAAGACAAAGCAUACGUAUUCUCGUCGGAGCUGAAGGCUCCUCUGUCCAGAAAGAAACAGUAUGUCUCCAUUAGAAACGAGGUGAAGGAGAGCAAUUCUCAGAAUGGGGAGGCAGACGAGGGGGAGAGUUCCUCUCUACACCUCGCCUCACAGUACCUCGCGGACAGCAGCCUGCACGAGGACCUCAAUCAGUAUGACUUCACAGCCACGCCUCAGAUGUCUGAGGGGUCGCCAAGGGAAAAAGUGUUGACAGUUCGCAAAUCUAGUUACACAGAUGAAGAGGAUGAUACGGAUACCAAAGUGAUGGUGGAGGAUGACUAUGUAGAACUAGAGAUGGAUGAACUCAACCAACACGAGUGCAUGGCAAACAUGAUAGCACUCCUUAAACACAUGCAGAGGGCGAAAAUCAUUCCUCUUGUAGAAUCUGGUGUGGUUCCUGAGUUGCCAGCCUGGAUGAAGAACCUGAAUGAUAAACUGAGGAGUCCACGGACUCACAACAACAUCAAGUACUUCAUCACCAAGCUGAUCAUCAACACUGCAGAGAUAUUCCGCCCCUAUGCUAGGGACUGGAUCCGCCCCCUGACCCAGCUGAUCAUCAGCGGUCUCUUCACAGGCCUGAAUUACUUUGUCAUUGAUGUGAUAGUCACCAUCAUGUCUUGGCACCAAGUGGCAAUACCUCAGGACACUGUCGAGGACCGAGCCAUGUCCAGCCGCCUGGUGGAGUUUGUGAUGGGAUACGUUUACAACGACACUCGGCCGGUGUAUCGCAACAACCUGGAACUGCUGAAAACACUCCUGCAGGUCUGGAAGGACCGAGUGGAAAUACCUUACAACAUUGUGUAUAAGCACUUGAAACAGCCUGAUGAGACAAAGAAAGAGAGUUGUGUUGGAAUCCAGUUGAUGGGUGUGGUCCUUUCUGCUAAGUUCCCUCCUUACGCCCCCACGGCACCCGUUGAUCAGGAAAAAUUCUUCACCACUGUGGCUUCUUAUAUGAGAAAUCGUUACAAGGCUGUGUAUGCAGCAACAGCUGAAGUGGUUGGAAUGAUCUUCAAGCACCUUGCAGAGAAAGACAGACAGACAGAGGGAACAUUUCAUGACUACGUCGUAAACCUCAUGAAUUCCCUCCAGCAGAGUAACCCAGGCAAUUUUCUGCUUUGCAUUCAUAGGAUGCAUCUCCAUUACCCACCAAUAGCUGACAGGUUUAUGAACCGAUUGUUGUUUGUACUUCCUAAUCUUCAUGCUGAAUUCCGCAAUCGCUGCCUUGAAAUUGUCCUAACACGAAUCGACACUUUGGAAAAUGUCUAUGUAGAACUCAAAAGUAAAGGACUCCUUGCUUUUCUCACUCACAGAGAUGAUGAGACACAGGUUAUUGCUUUGAAAAUUGUUAAGAGCAUUCAGAGCAAACUGCAGCCAAGUGAGGUGUCGGAGUUACUUCCCCUGAUCUGUGGAUUCUGUGUCAGUCCCAGCAUUCCCUGUCGUAAUGUCAUGUACGACAUCUUGAUGUGGGUCUAUGACAACUACAGAGAAGAUGAGAGUGAAACAGCUGACACUAUUAUGCAACAAACGAAAGAAAGCCUGCUGAAAGGACUGGGCGAUGAUGAUAUGCAGUGCAGACUGCUAGUACAGAAUUUCUGGAGCAGUGAGACCAGAGUUCCAGGCAACACGCUGGACAGACUGGUGGCCAUGUUGGAGGCCAUGUACUCCCCUGUGACAGAAAAACAGUUCCUGAGCUAUGCCACAAACCUUGUCCUUGAAAUGACCUCCAAGAGUCCAGACUAUCAAAGGGAAAUGUUUGAGUCGCCUCUUGAGGACUGCAAAUUUCAGGACUAUAAUGUGAAAUCAUCUUGGAAACAGAGGCAUGCAGCCAUGACACCACUGUUUGCCAAUACCAUGGCAACACAGAGUAUGAUGGAUGACGAUGAGAGUUAUAGUGGAGAGAUCAGAGCCACACAGGAUGCACAGCAAUUCACUGCCACUCUGGAUGCUUCCAAAGCUCCAUUUAACUGGUUGACUGGGAGUAGUUUGGAUACCUUCACGGAUUACAGCACAGUGGGCUCAGAGACCUCCAGCUCUCUGUUAUUCACUGUGGGGACACAGGACAUGGCUCUCAGGACCGGCCUCAAGCCAAAAAGAAAACCUGGUCCCGGGUUUGGCCGACCUCGAGCAGGAGCCAGUACUAAACCAGCAGAGAGAAGUCGUAAUGAGGAUCAAGACAGUGAAAUGUACAGAUUGAAAAGGCGUUUCUUGCGAGAUGAGGAACAGACCAAAACUUACUUCAUCAAACGCCACACCAGACUGGAGAAGAUGAGGGAGGAGGCACUGAGAGAACAGAAAUCUCGCAGAGAACACCAAGUCACCAUGUAUAGGAAGUAUAGAAAGGGCGAUCUACCAGACAUACAGAUCAAGUAUUCCUACAUCAUAGCGCCGUUACAGGCUGUAGCACAUAGGGACAGCUCGGUAGCCAAACUGCUCUUUGGUGCCAUAUUCAAGGGAAUAUUCUCCAAGAUGGAUGAGGUCAAGACGGAGAGGGAAGUACAGGAGACCAUACAACAAAUUCAGAAAAGCAUUGGAGUGGUACUGACCACAUCCAUACAGUACUUCACUCCAUUCAUCAGCUGUUUGCUGGAUGUUCUGUACAGCUUGAGAAGCAAACUUAAAGUUGAUGUGUCAGACGUCAGCUCUGCUGCAAUGUUCGGAAAUAUCCAACCAUUGGGUAUAUGUGUAUUAGAAGAACAACUGAUCUCACAAGAUGAAGAUGAAAGACCAUCAAAGAGAGGGAGGAGUGAUAAUGCUGUAGUGUCCACAGACACUCUGAGCUGGAUUGAGCUCGCCAGAUUGUACAAGUCUGUUAAGGAGUAUGAUGUGUUGCUGGGAAUCUUCAGUGGAAGAAUAGGAACACAAGACAUCACAAAGGAAGCUGUACAGAUGGAGGCCAGGGGGGACUACUACAAAGCUGUCAAACUGUACAAUCAGGCUUUGUCUUGUAAUGAUUGGGAUGAAAACCCGCCCACCAUUGAAGUAGAUAUGUGGGAUGAAUCCAGAAUGGAGUGCCUUGACAACCUUUCUCAGUGGAAAGAGCUGGAAGGGGUGGCCAUGUCUGGAAUCAGCAGUAACUCCAUCAGUCAGGUCUGGAAGGACACCUACUAUCAGGAGCAUUAUCUGCCAUACAUCAUCAGGAGCAAGGUGAAGCUAAUGCUGCAGGGAGAUGGUGACCAGCAGCCAUUGCUGACUUUUAUUGAUGACUGCAUGAAGCAGACAGAGCAGAAGGCUCUGAUAGAGAGUCGUUACAGUGAAGAGCUGGCGCUUAUGUACAUAUGGCAAGCAGACUAUGACCGGGCUAGACAUUACUCCACCCUGGCCACACAACAGUUCCUUCUUGAUUGGAGCAGCACAGACAGCCUGAUGUCAGUCAGUAGGAGGAGCCAGCUCCAGAGACUACAGCCUCUGGUGGAACUCCAGGAGUUCCUCAGCUUCAUGGCCUCAGAGGGUAAUUUUACAUCUGUCACACCUGCUAAUUCACUGAUUGAAAGGUGGCAAGCCAGGGCCCUGCAUCCACUGCUGGACACAGAGGCAGUAUGGGACAAUGUUGUCACAAACAGAAUGAUGUUCCUGGACCACAUAUCUAACCGACUGUCGACUUCCCUGGUGAAGAAAGAAGAAGACGCAAUGGAAGAAGAUGAAGAGGACUUGUUUUUGGCCUCGAAAAUCCAUCUCAGAUUAAAGAUGGCUGACAGCAGUUGCCACAAGAGGAACCAUAAGCUAGCAUUGAAUAUUUUAGCAGAUAUACACAAAAAUUAUCGAGACAAGGAAAAUGAGAUUUUGAAUUUGGAGUGGAGUCAUUUGUACGCCAAGACUCACCAGCUCAGUGCAAUGUCAGCUGACACGGACUGGACCAAUGACAUCUUCUCUAGUGUUAUCACAACCAUAGACAGGCUGGGGAAAUUCAAGGACAGUUCUCUGUUUGAGAGAGAGGCUGGAUUAGGCCGCAGACAUUUCGUCCUGCUGGGACAAGCGUUUGGUCUGCUUGUGAAAGGGGUGCAGAGCGAGAACUGUUUUAGCAGCCUAAGUGACAAAAACUCAGAGAAAAUCAUGGGCAUAUCUAAAGCAAGCAAACUGGACCCGAGGGAGUUAGCCAGAUGUCUUGUUGAAGAAGGAUAUAACCAGAUGAGGAAGAGUUUGUCCUACGAUGGUCGAGGGACCCGCACUUGUCGCUAUGGACUGGAGGAGGCUUACCUGGCCCUGGCUCAGUAUUGUAACAAGUUCCUCAGAAUGGCAGAGGACGACAGUGACAAAGAGUCUCUAAAUCUCUCCAAGGAGUGUCAAAAGAAUUUUCCGGAAACAAUCACUGUCUGUCUGUUAAACGCAAUGAAGCUUGAUUCCAUGGAGGCCAGACAGAGGUUUCCACGGUUACUACAGUUGGUGGAAAUGUAUCCAGAAAUUCGCUCCACUUUUGUGGAAAAGAGUGGGCAAGUUCCAUGUUGGAUGUUUAUUAUGUGGAUAAGCCAGAUGAUGGCUUUGUUGGAUAAACCAGAGGGCAGCACUGUUCACCAUAUCCUGAUUGAGCUCGCAGAGACUUACCCGCAGGCUGUGGUUUAUCCCUUCAAACUGAGCAGUGAGGGAUACAAAUUUACUAACAAGAAGGAUGAGGCAUUUGUGGCAAAACUCGGCAGCACACUGGGUGAUGAACAGCUCCCAUUGGUGCCAAAGUUUAUUUCAGCCUUGGAACACAUGAGCCAGCCAGAUCAAAUAUUUAAGGACUGGUUUGAUGACACUAGACUGAAAUUUAUGAAGAACAAACCAGACAAGAAGGCCAUGAAGGAAGAAUAUCAGAUUAUGUAUAAGAAAGUGUUAGAGUUAACUGAGACCGCGGGUCGAGGUGCAAGCCAGAGGUCACAGACAGAGGAAACACUUAGUAUAGUGGACAAGGGAAAAUACCCAAAAAAGUUUGCUGAGCGAUUUAAGAAAGAUGUUGACAGCUGCUUUGGAAAAAAUGGAGAGAAAAUCUUGGACAUGUCAUUUAGUAAACUGGCAAGUGCUUACAAGAAAGUGUACAAAGACAUGGAUUUUGAAGUGAAAGAGAAAAACCUGAAGCCCCCGGCAAACCUCAAAGAUUACUGUCAGUGGCUGGCCAAUUUCAAUCCCAGCAUUCAGGGCAAAGAUCUAGAAAUACCAGGUCAGUAUGAUGGAGUGAAAAAGCCUAUGCCAGAAUAUCAUAUUAAAGUGGUGGGAUUUGAUCAAAGGGUAAAAGUGAUGACCUCAAUACGUAAACCUAAGAGGAUAACAAUCCGCGGGAAUGAUGAGAGAGAGUAUCAUUAUCUGGUGAAGGGUGGGGAAGACCUGAGGCAGGAUCAGCGGAUAGAGCAGCUCUUCUUCCUGAUGAACCAGGCACUGGAGAGUGACCCUGCCUGUAAGCAGAGGAAUCUGAAAAUCAAAACAUACCAGGUCAUCCCCAUGACUUCAAGGGUUGGUUUGAUAGAAUGGAUGAACGACACCAUCCCACUAAAAGAAUUCUUGAUUUGCAAUCUCACAGAGCAAGAAGCCAAAUUUGUCAGUGGCAAACAGGGACCCUCGAGUCUUCACAAUUCCUGGAUAAUGAAACUAAGCAAAGAUCCAAGAGAUUUUCCACAAGGUUACAUGCAGAUGUACCUGAAAUAUAACAUGACAGAAACUAGGAGGGAACUGCAGAAAAAAGAAAAUACUAUACCAUGGGAUUUAUCAAGGCGAGCUUUCCACAAGAUGAGCACUUCUCCCGAGGCAUUCCAUGUCCUUCGCUGCAAGUGUGCCUCAACACACGCCCUAAUCUCGAUAUGUCAGUAUGUGCUUGGCAUUGGUGAUCGACAUUUGUCCAACUUCAUGAUAAAUCUUAAGAAUGGAGAAAUGGUGGGCAUAGACUUUGGUCAUGCUUUUGGGUCAGCUACACAGUUCCUUCCAAUUCCUGAGUUGAUACCAUUCAGACUGACUCGACAGCUUCGAAACUUAAUGAUGCCGCUACAGGUCCAUGGUUUGAUUGAGUCUACCAUGAUUCACACUCUCCGUGCACUGAGAAAUAACUGUGAUCUGUUAAUGAAUACCAUGGACAUUUUUGUCAAAGAACCAUCUGUUGAUUGGCUGGUAAAUGCAGAAAAGCAAAUGAAUGAAAUGAAAGUAGAAGUAUCACCAGAAGAUGAAGUUCAGUGGUAUCCAAAAGAAAAAAUAGAGUAUGUGAAGCGCAAACUAAGGGGGGAUAAUCCUGUCUGCAUAUCAAGAGAGGAAUUGAAAUUAGGACACUCCAAGAAGCCAGCUUUUCCAGCAUUAGAGAGAGUGCUUCAGGGAGAUAAGAGAGAAAAUGUUCGAGCCCAGCUUCCUGCUUCGGGAUUAACAGUGGAGCAACAGGUGGCAGCACUGAUCGACCAAGCGACAGAUCCCAAUAUUGUGGGCCGUGUGUGGGGAGGCUGGGAGCCUUGGAUGUGAAUUGUCAGUGACUAGAACUGUGGACGUAGCAAGAAUGGUCAUUUUUCAUAGCUGAACCAUUUUCUUUUGGGUUUAUUGCAUGCUCAAAGCUGUAGAAUGCAUGUAGUGUUAGUGUGACAGUAACUGAUCAAAAGUAAAUUCAAAUAUAGCAAAAAAGUACAAAAUAGAGUCACUAGGUACAAACAUGGAAAAUAUAAAUGGAUCUAAAAGACUGAAGAAAUGGUACUUUACCAUUUAGUGUAUCAUUUUCAUUCACAAAUACCCUGUUGUUUACAAGUACAACCAGUACAUGUUAUACCAGAAAGGUGGUAAAAAUAAAUUGUUUGUAGACUAUUGCUUGUUACUUACUUGAAAUAUACCUGUCACUCAAUUAAACAAACAAUUUUAUUAUAA